UGGCUUCUCGACCGAAGGGCUCAGGUUACAUUCGCGAGCAGAGCGGAGCGCGGGAGAGAGGACCCGAGAGCAGAGCGGCUGUUUCGACGCUGGUCAGCGGGCGCCCCAAGGCCCCAGAGUCCCCACCCAGACCCCACCCCUGCCCUGCGCCAGCCUGUGCCCCAGCCAAGGACCCCCAACACCAGCAUGGACUGCUGCACCGAGAGCGCGUGCUCCAAGCCGGACGACGACAUUCUAGACAUCCCGCUGGACGAUCCUGGCGCCAACGCGGCCGCUGCCAAAAUCCAGGCGAGUUUCCGGGGCCACAUGGCAAGGAAGAAGAUAAAGAGCGGAGAGCGCGGCCGGAAGGGCCCGGGCCACGGGGGAACGGGCGGAGCUGGGGGCGCCCGGGGAGGCGCGGGCGGCGGCCCCAGCGGAGACUAGGCCAGAACUGAGCAUUUUCAAAGUUGCCAGGAGAGACGGAUGGCGCGUCCCCUUCGCAGUGAUGAGACUUCCCUGCCGUGUUUGUGAUCCUCUCCUUUCCACCAACCUGCCAGCUUCAGGAGCCCUCCCUGCGUCCCCAGAGACUCCCACUCCCAGGCAGGCUCCAUCGAGGAGUCGCUAAGUCUGUGCCCUUUUAGUUAGUCCUCCAGUCUAGAAUGGUCCCCAUUCGCCCUUUCUUCCCACCCUAGCCCCAAACCCUGCGCUCCCACAUCUUCCUUCUUUUGCUUCUCGCCCACCUCCGCCAGCACCCCGCAUGCAGCUCUGCCUCCGCAGUCUCCGCGCACUUCCCUGCGCGCACUGCGGGGGGCGCC